GGAGCAGCUUCUCCCUCCUGCAAUCUCCGGCUGCUUCUCAUCGCCCGGCUUCUGGGGAUGCUCCCCAGGCACGGCUCUGGCAGCGGUGUUGGGCCGAAGCCGCCACGUCCUGCGUCGCUUCGCCUUUGCUUUGGCGCGAGGCUCAGGUGACUCUUCUGCCUGGCGGCGAUGUAAGGCAACCCCGGCGCUCGCUCGCUUCCAGAAACCAGCUUCACCUGCCGGGGCUGAACAAUGGAAAAUCCUGAAGUGCUUUUGGGCAGCUGCAAUACUCAGGAUGAUGAAAACUUAUACAAUGUAAAGCAUCAUUCAUCAAUGUGCCUGCUUCUAGAAGAUCAGUUGAGAAGGAAACUUAAAUUUUUCUUUAUGAAUCCCUGUGAAAAAUUCUGGGCUCGAGGGAGGAAACCAUGGAAGCUUGGCAUACAAAUCCUGAAAAUAGCCAUGGUUACUAUCCAGCUUGUAGUUUUUGGGUUAAGCAAUCAAAUGAUGGUUGCAUUUAAAGAAGAAAACACAAUAUCCUUUAAGCAUCUAUUCCUGAAAGGUUAUACAGACAGCAUGGAUGACACCUAUGCAGUAUACACGCAAACUGAGGUCUAUGACCAGAUCUCCUUCACAAUAAACCAGUUCUUACAGCUGCGUACUAUUUCUGCUGGAAAUCAUGCCUACGAAAAGAGAGGAUCUGAAGAGAUGCCCAUGGCAAUAUGUCAGUACUUCUACAAGAGAGGAAUUAUCAGCCCUGGAAAUGAUACUUUCGAUAUUGACCCAGAAAUUGAAACUGAGUGUCUUUAUGUGGAGCCAAUGCUACCUCUGGAAAAUGGGACACUGAGGAAGACCCCUUUCAAUUUCACUUUAGACUUCCAUAGACUUGUGACUCUGAAACUCACGUUCAAACUGAAGGCCAUUAAUCUCCAGACUAUUCGACAACACGAACUCCCAGACUGCUAUGAUUUCACACUAACAAUAGUCUUUGAUAACAAAGCUCAUAGUGGAAGAAUUAAAAUAAGCCUAGACAAUGAUAUUGCCAUCAAGGAAUGUAAAGACUGGCAUGUUUCUGGAUCAAUACAGAAGAAUACCCACUACAUGAUGAUCUUUGAUGGCUUUGUCAUACUGACAUGUCUUGCAUCAUUGAUUCUCUGUACACGAUCUGUAAUUAAAGGAAUUCAUCUACAAAGGGAAUUUGUGACUUUUUUCCAAGAUCACUAUAAAAAAGAAGUAUCUUUCUCUGAUCUGAUGGAAUUUGUCAAUGGAUGGUAUAUCAUGAUCAUCGUUAGCGACCUUCUUACCAUAGUUGGUUCUACAUUAAAGAUGGAGAUACAAGCUAAGAGUCUGACAAGCUAUGAUGUCUGCAGUAUCCUCUUAGGAACUUCCACCAUGCUUGUGUGGCUUGGAAUGAUCCGAUACCUCAGCUUCUUCCAGAAAUAUAAUCUGCUUAUUUUGACUCUCCGUGCAGCAUUGCCCAAUGUCAUUCGAUUUUGUUGCUGUGCAGCUAUGAUUUAUCUGGGUUAUUGCUUCUGUGGCUGGAUUGUGCUGGGACCAUAUCAUGCUAAGUUCCACACCUUGAAUAUGGUUUCUGAAUGUCUUUUCUCUUUGAUAAAUGGAGAUGACAUGUUUGCUACUUUUGCAAAAAUGCAACAGAAAAGCUACCUGGUAUGGCUGUUCAGUCGGAUCUACCUCUACUCUUUCAUUAGCCUCUUUAUCUACAUGGUCCUGAGUCUCUUCAUUGCCCUAAUUACGGACACGUAUGAAACAGUGAAGCAUUACCAGUGUGAAGGUUUUCCAGAGACAGAACUUCAUUCAUUCAUAGCCCAGUGCAAAGAUCUGCCAAACUCUGGAAGAUACAGAUUAGAAGAGGAGAGUCCUAUAAAUAUCUUCUGCUGUUGUAAAAGGUCUUAAUAAAAAUAUUGGCAAUAAUUGCUGAAAUUAGUUGGAGAUUCUGGAGCUGAAUAAUCACCACAGAUUCACUGAGAAAUAAUCAAAUAAGACAUUCAAAUAUAAGAGGCACAACACUGUCAUGAAUGUUUUUGGAAUAUGUGCUAGUAAUCAUGUUAAUUCUGCUUGAUAAAUUGAAUCCUAAUUACCAUAUAAUGGACAGUUUAAACUUGUUAUGAAAAACAGUGGGAAACUGAAAUCAUAUUGUGAUGUUACAGGCACAAUGUAUGAAUAACUUACAUGAAUUAAUCACACAAGAUUUUCUCAGUUUUCUAUAGGUAUCUCUAAAUCACCAGAAAAGUAAAAGAGCAGAUUGUUUCAGUAUCUUCUCUCCAUAUGAUUUGACACAGGUCACUAAAGGACUUUUGACUCCCAGUUGUUUAUAAAAUACAUGGAAAAUAAAACUACAAAAAUGAUUCAUACCCCCUUUCCUUGCAUACUACAGAACUGAAGAAGAUUGAUAAUGGAGAACCAAAAGUAGAUUUUGGGUCCCCAUCAAAUUACAUUUUUUUCCUGAUGGAUUCCACAACUUGAUAACUUUUAGAUUUAGUUUCCACGUUUAAUUGGUUGUUGAAUCUGUUCAAUUUGUGAAUCUGUUAGUUCUUCAGCCAACAAAAACAUGUUUGGUCUUGUUAUUUAUUUCAAUUAUUCUAUGAAAGGACUCCUAUUUGGAA